GGUGGCGACCCAUGCACGUACAUGUCAAGGAGACUAACAGAGAGCACUUCUUUAACUAAAGUAUGGGCCAAUGCGCCCAGAUCGAAACGCACUCGUCCGGCGGAUCAAAUCAUGCAGCAGCCUGCCUGCAGCAAGGGAACUCCAUUCGCGCCUCUGCCAAUCGCUAGCAAUCCACCGCGACGCCCAUCUGGAAAAUCUGCUCAUCGAGAUGUAUGGCCGCUGCGGCAGCGUCAGCGAGGCACGGCGUGUCUUCGAUGGGAUCACGGCCAAGGACCACUUCACCUGGGUGCUCAUGCUGGGAGCGUAUGCCCGAGUCGGGUAUCUCGAGGUCGCCAAGCAGAUCUUCGACGCCAUGCCGGACUGGAGCCUCAUCGCCUCCACCGUGAUGCUGUGCGUCUACUCCCGCCACGGCAGCUUCAAGGAAUCGAAGAUGCUCUUUGACUCGAUGCCGGAGGUUGAUCUUAUCUCCUGGACCGCGCUGCUCACCGCAUUUUCCCGGCACGGGCAUCUGGAUCAGGCAAAGAUUGUCUUUGAAUCCAUGCCGGAGCAAAAUCUUGUCACCUGGAGCGCAAUGCUAUCAGGCUUCGCACGCAAUGGUGACGUGGGUUCCGCAAGUAAAAUGUUUGCAUUGAUGGAGGAGAGGGAGCUAAUAUCUUGGAAUGGUCUCUUAUCAGCGUAUGCCCAGAAUGGGCAUCUGGAUAAAGCGAAGAAAGUAUUUGAUUCCAUGCCCGAGCACAACCUUGUAUCUCUUACCUCGAUUCUCUACGCGCUUUCGCAACAAAAUAGACUCGAGCAAGCUCAACACAUCUUUGAUUGCGCUCCAGAGAGAGAUCUAAUCCUGUGGAACGCGAUCCUUGGUGCAUACGCCCAGGCCGGUGAUCUUCCCCACGCAUCCCGCGCCCUGGACGCCAUGCCCGAGCGCGACCUCGUCUCCUGGACCGCGAUCCUGUGCGCGCAUGCCAAUAGCGGCGAUCUGGAUCGAGCCAAGGAGCUCUUUGAUGCCAUGGAUCACCGCGACCCAAUCCUCUGGAACACAAUGCUCUCGGCAUAUGCCCAAAACGGGCAGCUCGCAGCAUCCAGGGCACUCUUCGAUCGCAUCCCCGAGCUCCAGCCGGUGGCCUGGAACUCGCUGCUGGCGGCCUACGCCCACAACGGCCGCGCCACCGCCGCGAUCGACCUCUUCCUUGCCAUGACAAUGAUCCAUCUCCCGGACGAGAUGGCGUUUGCGUGUGUGCUGCUCGCAUCCAGCCACGGUGGCGAGAUUGAGCCCAGCAUUGCGUGCUUUCGAUCGAUGGUGGCGGACUACUCAGUCAGGCCAUACAAGCAGCACUACUGCAGCGUGAUUGAUUUGCUUGCGCGGCUGGGCCGGCUCGAGGAGAGCGAGGAGCUCAUCACGAGCAUGCCGUACAAGCCCGAGGUGGUGGACUGGCGGUGCCUGCUGGGCGCAUGCGCCCGUGGGCGGACCCUCAAUCAGGAAAGAGGCGUGCGGGCCACAAAGAGGAUUUUGGAGAUUGAUCGCCAGAAUGUUGGCGCACUUGUCCUAGCUUCAAGCCAAGGUUACAAAAUGAAACCAUCACAUAUCCGCAACAGACCACAGAUACGCCGUGUCCACCAUCGCCUUCUUCUCGUUCUGCUGCUUGAACAGCUUCUCCUCAAACCCAUUGCUGCGAUCCACGCCAUCCCAGUGCCUCCCCGGCCGGAUGUUAUACCGGUUUGGCGUCGCGGCGUGGCCGCGCUUGAGCCAGCUAUGCGCCGGCACUCCCUGCGGAACGUUAAACCCGGACUCCCUCAUCUUGUCGCUCCUGCCAAAGUCUUCCAGCCCCAGCAGUACCUCGUCCGUCUGCUUCACCAGAUGAGCCAUGGGAUCCCCCCAGCGCACUCUGUUCUUGUAGAUGGCGUCCAGAUCGUCCUUGCUGCGAGCGAAAGGCUUGUCUUUCUCGGCCUCGAUCUCCUCCCGCCGCUUCUCGGCCUCCCUCUUCUGCGCCAGCCCCGUCCCCCACUCGAGCGGCUUCUCCGGCUCCUUGGCAGGGCCUUUCUGCUGCUUCAUCAGCUCCUCCAGCCCCGCCAGCCUCCGCCCGUGCUUGUCCCUGUAUACCGUCUCGGCACCACGCCCCGUGAGCGUCGAGUCGAGCUGCUUGAAUCUCCUCGCGUCCUGGGACUGCUUCUCGGUUAUCUCGUGCCGGAGCUCCGAGCCUAUCUUCUCCCCGGCUUCGACGAGGAGAUAAGUCCCCGCCGCCACCUUUGCGACGAGGAGGAGACAAGUCCCUUCCACUCUUCCGGCGAGGCGGAGAUAAGUCCUCGGUAUCUGUCCGCUGCCUGCGACGGGGUGGAGAUAAGUCACUGCCGCCAGCUUUGCGACGAGGCGGAGAUAAGUCGCUUCCACUCCUCCGGCGAGGAGGAGACAAGUCCUCCCUGCGACGGGGUGGAGAUGUGUCUGUCCGUGGCCUGUGACGGGGUGGAGAUAAGUCACCGGCGCCAGCUUUGCGACGAGGAGAUAAGUCGCUUCCACUCCUUCGGCGUGGCGGGGAUAAGUCCUCAGUGUCUGUCCGCUGCCUACGACGGGGUGGAGAUAAGUCGUCGCCGCCAGCUUUGCUCCGGCGUGGCGGGGAUAAGUCCUCGGUGUCUCUCCGCUGUCUCCGACGGGGGGGAGAUAAAUCUACUACUUCUUCUGCCUGGUUCCUUCCACGAGGACUCUCAGACCCCCGCCGCCGCCGCCUCCGUGGCGGAGAUAAAUCUUCUGCCUCUGCCUGGCUCCUUCUUCGACGAGGAGGACUCUCUGAUGCGUCUCUCCGCCGAAGAGGAGAUAAAUCUUGUUGGAGUUCUGCUUGCCUGCUUCGACGAGGAGGAGAUAAGUCCGUUCUACGAGGUGGCGAUAAAUCCUCGUCUCCACCCCGAGCAGGAGAUCCACCACCUCGAGACCGUCGUGCUGGAGACAAAUCUGGAGUGCCCUGACGAGUACGUCGAGGUGGUGUUAGGUCCUCCUGGUCGCGCCUUCGUCGUGGAGGAGACAAGUCUUCACGAGAUCGAGAGCGGCGAGGAGGAGAUAAAUCUUCACGAGCUGGAGUUCCGUCUGGCGUGUCCUGACGAGUCCGGCGAGGAGGAGAUAGAUCUUCCCGAGCUGGAGAAUGAUCCGCGCGCGGCUAUGGCGUUCGUCUCGGCGAUCGGCUCUUCCUGUCGCUGCUCGGCCGCGGGGCAGCACAUUCCAGAGCUUGCUCCAGCGCCGAUCGCUCCGGUAAGAAUCUCCUCCCCUUCUUCGAUCGAGGAGGCGGCCGCGGCAGUGAGAUUGAAAAUCUCGGACAAGUCUCCUCCCGAGGCUGCUCUUCUUCCAUCCCAGAGCCUGGAAGCGAUCUUCGGCAGCAGCGGCAGCGGCAGCGCUGGUAGCGAGCGAAGAUUUCCCCUGCCAAAGCAACGGCUGGGCGCUCUGGCGCGCUAUCCUCCGGAGGGCAAGCCCUGCGACGUGUCGAAGGCGGCGCAUUCGCUGCUCGCAUCAAUCUCUAAGCAGGAGGAUUCUUCCGACGCCACGGAGCUGCUGGGAUUCAUCGCCGGCGAGCUCGUCCUCACGGAUUCCGAGCUCGUCUACUUUGUCAAGGCACUGGGACGCCAGGGAAAGUGGAAGAAGGCGCUGGAAGUCUUCGAAUGGAUCAGGAAGCACGACUGCUUCAAGCUCCGGGGCGUCGCCACCGCGUCCAUCCUCAGCGUCUUGGGCAACCAUGAACAGCUCCCCGCGGCCCUGGAGCUUUUCGAGAGCCUCAAGCAGGACGAGAGCUACAGUCUGGACGUGUACGCUUACACCUCGCUCAUCAGCAUCCUCUCGAGAGCCCGGCGAUUCGACGAAGGCAUCACUCUCUUCGAGACCAUGCAACGAGAAGGCCAGCGAGGGAAUGCGGUGACUUACAACGUGAUGCUGGACCUCUACGGUAAAAGAGGGGACUCGUGGGACAGGAUUCAGUCGCUCUUCCAGGAGAUGAAAGAUCUCGAGAUCUCUCCCGACGACUACACGUACAACACCAUGAUCACGGCGUGCAUCCAGAACAGCCACUGCCAGGAAGCGCUGCGACUCUUCCAGGAGAUGAAGGAAGCCGGCUGCUGUCCAAACCGUGUGACUUACAACGCGCUGCUCGACGUCUAUGGGAAGGGUGGUAUGCACAAGGAGGCCUCGGAGCUGCUCGUCGAGAUGGAGGCCGCCGGGAUCUCUCCAAACAUCGUGACUUACAACGAGCUCAUUGCGGCCUACGCCAGAGCCGGGCUUUGCGACGAGGCGGCUGCUCUGAAGAAGAGCCUGCUCUCCAAAGGCCUGUGUCCGGACGAAUUCACGUACUGCACUCUCAUCUCGGCUUUCAACCGUGCGGAGCGGUAUGAGAAGGCUCUGGAGACGUUCACGGAGAUGAGAAAGACGAACUGCACGCCCAACAUCGUGACUUACAACAUCUUGAUCGACAUCUACGGCCGGAUGGAGAAGCUGGACGACAUGAUGAAAGUUUUCAAGUUCAUGCAAGAGAAGAACUGCACGCCGGACCUGGUGACUUGGAACUCGCUGCUCAAGUCGUUUGGCAACUGCGGGAUGCUCACGGAGGUGUCCAACGUCUUCAGGGAGAUGAAGAGAGCGGGAUACAUGCCAGGGGUGGACACGUUCAACAUCCUGAUAGAGUGCUACGGCAGGUGUGGCUACGUCGACUACUCGGUGGACAUCUACAAGGGACUACUCAGGACAGGAUUGCAGCCAACAGUGCCGACUUUCGCCGCACUCAUGGCCUCGCUCGCUCGGGAAGGACGGUGGCAACAGUGCGAGAAAGUCUCGCAGGAGAUGGCCGAGGCCGGGCUCCAGCUGAGCGACGCUUGCCACGCCGGGCUCAUCCACUCGUACGCCAACAGCGGCCAGUUCUUCCAGCUGCGGAAGUACAUCGACGAGCUGGAGAAGUCGGCCAAGCAGCCACUGAGCGGCAUCCUGUGCAAGACGUUCGUGCUCGCUUACUGCAAGUGUUGCAUGGACAACGAGGCCCAGCUCGCGCUCAACCAGCUCUACGACAACGGCCACUCGCCGGACAUCAAAGUCUUCAACGCCAUGAUCUCGAUGUGCGCCAAGCGGGGAUGGAUCGAGCGCGCGGUGAAACUCCUGGAAGAGAUCCGGAAGGCGCAGCUCAAGCCCGACGGCGUGACUUACAACUGCUUGAUGAGCAUGUAUGGACGGGAAGGGAUGUACCACAAAGCCGAGGAGGUGAUGAGCGAGAUGCGAAGAGCAGGCAAAGCUCCCAACUUGAUCACUUACAACACGCUGCUCUACUCGUACACCAAGCAUGGCAGGAUGGACGACGCGGCCCGGGUGUUUGGAGACAUGGUGGCUGCUCGCGUGAGGCCGGACAACUUCACUUUCAACACGCUGGUGGGGAGCUACUCGAGCUUGGGGCUGUACAAGGAGGCGCUGAGCGUGAUCGAGUACAUGACCGAGCAUGGCUGCCAGCCGACGCAGAUAACUUUCAAGGCUCUCCUGGAUGGAUACAACAGGAACGCUUCGCCGUCAAGGAGGAAGCCAGGCGGUGAUGGUGGUGGAAGGCCGAUCGAGAUGAUCAAAGAGCUGGAUCCUGCUAAGAACAUCCACGAGUUCCAUCCGGCGUGAUUGGGCGAUCGAUCCAUCGGCCGCCAAAGCGAUCGAGGAGAGUGAGCAAUCUCUGGUCGAAGGAGACGAGUUUUGACGGGGAGAUUUUUCUGUAGAUAAGCUCAUCUAAGGUUUAAUGGAAUAUACCUUUAUUUGAUA